CCCGCUGAAAACGUCCCCUGAGCAGACGUAAACAAACCGAUACCAUAUCGAAGUCAAGAAUGGCAGACGAAAAGAAAAGGUCCACCAAUCCGUUUCUCUACACCGACGGGAGUCUAGUCGAAGAAGAGGUCCUUCAGGCGGAAGUAAAUAACGAAGGGGCGCGUAGUCUCAGUAGGAGUAUAGAAGGAGCAAUGGACACUACUAGUAAUGGAGUAGGUUUAGACCCCGACCAAACACCCCAAGCUGAGGUAUCGGCCAGGCAGGUGUGGGGUCGUGCGGGUGUCAUAUCGAUGGAUUUGGAUGACGAGAAGAUGCAGACAAUGACAGGUUCAUACUCAGAAAUCUUAGAAAGGCCACUUCUAGCUGAACGUAUUUCAGAAGAGCCAGAAGAUGAUGCGAAAGAAGAGGCUGAGGCAAUUACACCAGUUUGUGCUGACAUGGAUCCUGUUCAGGCUUUCCUAACUCAGGAGCGACUAAGUGCUUUCAUGGCACGUGAUGACUCACAGGGUGAAGCCUUGGAUUAUGGGGCAGGAUUACCACCGCAAGAUAAUCAGGAACGACCAUGGAGCCUCCAGGUAGGAAGGUGUAGUCCAGAUCAAGCUGAGUCAGCUUUGCAAGGUUCUGGAGUGGUGACACGACAUGGAGAUAUUAUAUCUUAUGUUGCUGAUGAUCUUCAUGCUAAAAUAAAGCUUGCUAGCCCAGUUUCCAAAACCUCGUUCCCUGGUUCAAGAAGCUCUACUCCAAGUUUGUUACGGACAGCUCUUGCUCCACAAGUGCCACCUAUAGAUCCAACCAUUAUCAACGACAUCGAAGCCCACGCAAGACAUAUUGCUACGUCCGUAGAUACUCUUAUCGAAAAUCUUACUGGUACUCUACUUAGUAUAUCAUCACUAACAGUUGAUUGUGUAGAAACAUACAGGGAUGCUGUUUGUAAAACUUGUGAUGCAGUUGAUGCUAAUAUUAAGUCAAUGUACCAGUUGAUGGCCAAAACAGAGGAAUUAAGCAAGUCAAUGAAACCAAUUUACAAACUUCAAGAGCAAAUCAAGGAAGUGCGACGGCUUCUCGAUAUGUUUGAGAACACCAUCCAUUCAAGUGGCUCAUGAAAACGCUGGUCCAGCAAUUAAUUGCUGACCAUAAAUGAAACCCAGAAUGUGAAUUUUAGGUGAUUUUACACUUAGUGAUGAUACAGUGUUGCUGUAAUUAAGAAAGUUUAUCCCCAUUAAAAUUGAGCUCUUAGAGAUAUGAGUGCUCAGGAACUACCAUAGGAGUGUUGUUUUUAUAAUUAGAAACAGGUCUUCGGAUUGCUGUUGAGUUCAUGGUAUCUUAUGAUACCUUCAACAACUGGCUUUUGUGAAUUAUAUUGUCUCUAUAGGGUAGUACUGUUCAUUUUAUCAUAUAGACUUAUAUUUAACAGCAUUUCACAUUGAAAUAACAUUUCUUUUCCAGAAAAGUACAGUAAAUCAUUUCACUAAGUACCUUACUGAUGAUGUGUUUCAUAGCUAGUCACCAUUUAGGAACAUUCCAAGACCUGUACUAUAUGUAGCUAUGACUGUGAUAGAAUUUUAGGUAGAAACCCCAUUGACAGGUCAAUUUGUACAUAGAUCUUGAUAAUACUUGAACUGUGUAUAAAGUUUCUGCGGUAUAGACAGAGUAUUAUCAUACUUACAUUUUAUUUGUUGUGAUUCUGAUUGCUUAUGAUAAAGAAUACUAAAUGUGAUGCCCAUGAAAUAUUAGAUGUAGUGGACAGCAUUAUGUAUUAUAUGUUUGUAGUAUUCAAAGUACUUGACCUGAAUUACUGUAAAAGAUUUUAUGGUGAC